CAAACCCCGGCAGAUCAAACAAUGAUUCCAGGAUUCAUGUGCCAGGGUGGUGACUUCACACGCCAUCAUGGCACUGCCGGCAGGUCCAUCUACGGAGAGAAAUCUGAGAACUUCAUCCUGAAGCAUUCAGGUCCUGGCAUCUUGUCCAUGGCAAAUACUGGACCAAAUGCAAAUGGUUCCCAGUUUUUUAUCUGCACUGUCAAGUCUGAAUGGCUGGAUGGCAAGCAUGUGGCCUCUGGGAAGGAGAAAGAAGGCAGGAACACUGUGGAAGCCAUGGAGUGCUCUAGGUCCAGGAAUGACAAGACCAGCAAGAAGAUCACCAUUUCCAACUGUGGACAACUCUAAUCUCUUUUGGCUUGCAGGUGUUUUACCCAUCAAACCAUUCCUUCUGUAGCUCAGGAGAGCUCCCCUACCCCAUCUGCUCUAUGAUUAUGAAUAAAAACUAAAGAAGAAAAAAAAAAUGACGGAAAACACUGUAAGCUGCAAAAUUUCCUCAGAAAUCCUGAUCCAUACAACCCUUCCAAUUCCAAGAUGAAGAAUGUGAUCUUAUGAGUCACUCAGAGGCUGGAGAGCAAUGUUGAGGACUGAUGGACU